AUGAAAUUUGACCUUGCUCUUGCUGCAAGACACAGCAAGUCAGUACCUCUACUUUAUCUGGUGCAAAUACAGGUCAAACUGAUAUUGUGUUUGAAAAGACGAAAACAGAUGGACACGCCACCUCGCCCAGAACUCUUUGACUUUCAUGGUGUCUCCAUGACGAAGUACUUUACGGACAAUUAUGAAAACGUGAAGAAUUUUAAGGCCAAACCAGAUGAUAUCCUCAUAGCCUCUUACCCUAAAUCAGGAACUACAUGGACAUGCUACCUUUUGGAUCGUUUGUACUUUGGAAAGACGCAGCCAGAGGAAUCAACAUCCCUACCCCUGUAUAUGAGGGUACCAUUUUUGGAGCUCUGCAUUCCUGGUCACCCCAAAGGAAAAGACCUGGCAGACCGACUCACUGUCACUCCUCGUCUCAUUAAAACUCAUCUGCCAGUCCAACUUCUCCCAGAGACAUUUUGGGAGAACAACUGUCGGGCAGUCUACGUGGCUCGUAACCCAAAGGAUGUCGCCGUGUCCCACUUCCACUUUAGCCGCAUGAACAGCAUCCACCCUGCCCCAGGAGACUGGGAUGGCUUUCUACAAAGAUUCAUGGAGGGAAAGAUGGUUUAUGGACCCUGGCAUGAGCAUGUGGUCGGCUGGUGGGAGAAAAAACAAACAUAUCCAAAGCUUCAUUAUAUGUUCUAUGAAGAUCUAAGUGAGAACGUGGGACGAGAGAUCGACAAACUGUGCAGUUUCAUCGGCUUGUCUCUCUCAGCCGAGGAGAAGGAGGCCAUCGUGACUGCUGUGAAAUUUGACAAUAUGAAAAAUAACAAACUGACCAACUUUACCAAUGCUCCCUUGAUGAAUCUGAAGGUGUCUCCUUUCAUGAGAAAAGGGAAAGUUGGUGACUGGAAGAAUCAUUUCACCGUGGCCCAGAACGAGCAGUGUGAUGAAUACUACAACCAGAAAAUUAGAGAUCCGGCGCUGCAAUUCCGCACCCACGUUUAGAGCUUAAACUUCUGUAGUGGUCUCUUUUUGUCUAUUGGC